CUCACUCCUCUCACUAACCUUCCCUCUCUAGAAGCCAUGGAAGCAGCAGGGGGGAGAGAGCACUAAUUUUUAAAGCGUGGUCUCACCUCUCCCUCUCCUUUUUGGCAGGUCAUCAUCAUGGCUUCUUCCUCCAUGAAACUAAGAUUGAAACAGUCUUCUCUCCAUUCCUUCCUCUUCCCCACUUCCGAAAUCGCUACAACUACCAAAACCCAUGAGGCCUUUCUGACACUCCCUAACUCCAACAACAACACAACCAGUUACAACGAUGAGAUUCAAAUCCACUGCAAAAUCGGCACCACUGAUGAUAAUAUUCGACUCGAUGAGGACUGUAGCAACAACAGCAUUGAUGGCGAUGAUAAUGUCAUUCAAAUGAAUGAUUACGAGCGCGAACGCCAGGACAACAUCCAAAGAAACCUCCAAUUCUUGAACUCACUUGGCAUCCUUCCAUCUCUCAAUCCCAACAAAUGCAACAAGAGGAAGAAAACCUCCAAACCCAACAAGAAGCCCCCUGAAGCUUCCGUUGAUUCUCCUCUCCCUCUUAGAAGAAGCACUCGCAAACGCUCGCUGCCCAAUCAAGGAGAGAAUGACACCUCUAAAGAAGAAGGAGAAGACACCAAGGAAGAAGGGUGUUUAGUAUUUGAAGACUCAUCAGUGUUCAAUUAUGGUUGCCAUGCAGGUGGCACCCUCCCUUCACCCCAUCCUGUUUCUGGCUCUAUCUCUGGUUUCCAGAAGGUGGGUAAGCUCUUCUCUGAUCCCCUGCUCACCAAGAUCUACGCCCUCAACUUCUCUCAUCUUGGAGGAGAGAGAAAAGCUUCUCUACUUGCUGCUGGUGGACAUGGAGGCUAUGUCUCUGUCUAUGGCAUUCCCACUGAUUUCCAAGGAGAGGGUGAAGAAAAAGAGGAAGAGGGAGAAGAAGGUGGGAACAGCUUAGAAGGGCCUUUGAUGAGUUGGAAGUGUGGGAUGAGUUGGGUAUCAGGCGUGGAAUUUGUUGACGAGAACCCAAUGUUGCUCGUUUCAAGCUGCGACGACGGGGGAAUUGUAGUGUGGGAUGUGAGGAAACGAAUUUGUGGAGGAUGCUCUCCUCAAAUGGUUGGGGAGUCGAGGGAUGUGCAUUCGAGUGGUGUGUUCUCUAUGGAUCACAUGAAGGAUUCUUAUGGCACUGCAUCCAAAGACUCAUCUGUUGCCUUGUGCAGGCUCAGCUCUAGUGGCGGCGGCAUGGUCAUCGAGAGGAGGAUAUCGGGUCACCAUUGUGGACCCGUAAGAGGGAUUUCUUUCAGGGACGUAAAUGUGCUUGCUGAUUGUGGAGCAGAUGGCCGAAUUUGCAUUCUGGAUAAGAGAAUGUCUGAGCAGCCUUGUUCUCUUUUCAUUGAUUCGGACCAUUCCACUGGUGUCAACAUGGCCAAAUGGUGCCCAUCAAAUGAGUCCAUCCUCCUUUCAGCAAGCAAGGACCCAUACUUGCUUCUUUACGACAUUAGAGCCCCCAGCCAACCUCUUCAUAAGCUUGAGGGUCAUGUUUCAGCCAAUAUCAGGACCUGCUACCGCAUCUACAAACCUGUGUUUAUUGACAAUGGAAAGGCUGUUGCUACACCUGGUCAAGGUUCGAGAAACAUAUCUCUGUAUAAUGUUGACACUGGGAAGGCCAUAAGCCGAGGUGUGAUCGGGUACGAUGCUAACAUAAUGAAAUACAUUGAAGGUGACACAGGACCACAACAACUCUUUGUAGCUGGAAGGCAAAUUGACCAGCUCUUUCCAAUAUUGAGUUAGUGAAGGCAAAUUGACCAGCUCUUUCCAAUAUUGAGUUAGUGCUCUUUUUCAUGAGGUUGGAGCUUGAAAGCCAUGUCUGGAUAUCCACCAGAUGCUUCGCUUGAUUCUAUGUUUGUUUUGCAGAGAUUCCCUGCAAGUUUCCUUGGACAUUUGUGGUCUUUUGCUAGUUUGUUUGUUUUUUUUUUUUUUGGGGUAAUUCAAUGGGAAUAGAGACUACUAAUUUUUGAAAUGGUUAGCGGUUUAUGAUGGUCGCACUGAGAAUGAAAGCCAUAACGUCAAGUGAAGUCUGAGGGUGGCAACAAGGAAAAAAACUUACUUUGCUGAAUUGGGUAUGGAAAUCUUUGGGUGUUGUGUGCCAUGUGCAUAGGGCUGGACAAGAACUCGAGCAAGUCCAGCCUGGAUUUAUUUUGGAUGGGCCUGGACCCAAAAAUCUGAAUUUGGACCAGACUUGGGCUCGAAUCUAAAACUCAAGCCCGUCCUAGUCCAAAAUACAUGGAGCCACGGUACAUAGAUAUGAAAAAUGUAUAUUAUGAAAACUAGCUGAGGCACGUAAAUUGGGCAUGGUUUACUAUAUCAAUUGACAGUGUAUAGAGUAAA